GCCCAUCUUCCCGUUAGGGUUUUUCAUUUUUGCCAAUAUUUCAGCUUCUCCCGCUGCAUUUCUCUUAAAUAAUAUUUUUUUCUUCCUCAAUCCACCGUCGAAUUACGUCGUCGGAGCUGAACCAUGGUGUUCGUCAAAGCCCAAAAAUCGAGAGCUUACUUCAAGCGUUUCCAAGUUAAAUUCAAGAGAAGGAGGGAGGGGAAGACUGACUAUCGGGCAAGGAUUCGCAUGAUCAAUCAGGAUAAGAAUAAAUACAACACCCCGAAGUAUCGAUUUGUUGUGCGAUUUACCAAUAAGGAUAUAAUUUGCCAGAUUGUAUCUGCUACUAUCACCGGUGACCAUGUCCUUGCUGCUGCUUAUGCACACGAGCUGCCACAUUUUGGCCUUGAAGUUGGCCUUAGCAACUACGCUGCUGCUUACUGCACUGGACUUCUAUUGAGUCGUCGAGUUCUGAAAACGCUUGAAAUGGACGAGGAGUACGAAGGAAAUGUUGAGGCCACUGGAGAGGAUUAUUCUGUUGAACCAGCUGAAACCAGAAGGCCGUUCCGUGCACUCCUUGAUGUUGGCCUCAUAAAAACUACUACUGGGAACCGUGUGUUUGGUGCUCUGAAGGGAGCUUUGGAUGGUGGACUUGACAUCCCGCAUAGUGAUAAAAGAUUUGCUGGAUAUAACAAGGACAACAAACAGCUUGACCCUGAAGUUCAUCGAAAAUACAUCUAUGGAGGCCAUGUGGCUUCCUACAUGAACACUUUGAUGGAAGACGAGCCUGAUAAGUACCAGUCUCACUUUAGUAAGUACGUUAAAAAGGGUGUUGAGGCGGAUAACAUCGAGGAAAUGUACAAGAAGGUGCAUGCAGCUAUUCGUGCUGAUCCUACUCCAAAGAAAUCUGAUAAACAACAGCCAAAACAACACAAGAGAUACAAUCUUAAGAAGCUAACUUACGAGGAGAGAAAGGCAAAGUUGAUAGAGAGAUUAAAUGCUCUGAAUGCUGCUGCUGGUAAUGACGAUGAGGAUGACGACGAGGAUGAUGAUGAGUAAACCACUAGUAGUACAAAAUGUCUGUCCAAUUUUUGUCGGUGUUCUGUUGAGUACCUCUAUUUUUUUUUCUUGUUUAUUUCUCAAUGCAUGAUAGUAAAACAACUUUUUCUUACAACUCUGAACUAAUGAAGAUAGUGUCGAAGAGUUGAUACUUUUUUUGCCAGUGUAAACUUUCGGUCGAGUGAGUAUUGUUAUCUAUUUGGUCGCAUUAUUCUUAUACAUGUCUGAAAUUAUGUGUUAAGAUAAAUCUCUACAAAUGAACUACUACUAUAUAUUUUUGUUUGGUAAUUUAGUUACUAAUUUA